UUAAAAGGCGCACUUGCUCUAGUUCAGGCACACUUCAACAAACUCUGUCUAAACGCACUUCCUACUAACCACUCUCAGUUUUACCAGCAUAUGGAAAUGGAAGACCAGGUGGAAAGCCAGAAGAGGAGAGGAAUGAGCAAAGAGGACUUGAUAUCCGAACGCACAGGAUCUUUGGGAGCGUGCGGCUGGAUCAUAAUUAUACUCGCUGGCCUGUUCACAGUUCUGCUCUUCCCCAUAACAAUCUGGUUUUGUCUAAAGAUCGUUCAGGAGUAUGAGCGAGCUGUCAUCUUCCGGCUGGGCCGCAUCACAGACAGGAAGCCUAAAGGACCAGGGAUUUUCUUUGUUUUGCCAUGCACUGACUCCUUUGUGAAAGUGGAUCUGCGAACCAUUUCAUUUGACAUCCCACCACAAGAGAUCCUGACCAAAGAUUCAGUUACAGUUAGCGUAGAUGGCGUGGUCUACUUCCGCGUCAGUGACCCCAUCGCAUCUGUGGCCAAUGUUACCAAUGCUGACUUUUCCACACGCCUGCUGGCACAAACCACCCUCAGAAAUGUCCUGGGAACCAAGAACCUGGCUGAAGUCUUGUCUGACCGCGAGGGCAUCGCUCACAGCAUGCAGUCUAACUUGGAUGAAGCCACAGACAACUGGGGGAUCAAGGUGGAGCGUGUGGAGAUAAAAGACGUGAAGCUGCCGGUUCAGCUGCAGAGGGCCAUGGCCGCUGAGGCCGAGGCCGCGCGAGAGGCCAGGGCUAAGGUGAUCGCAGCAGAGGGUGAGAUGAAUGCAUCCCGUGCCCUGAAAGAGGCUUCCCUUGUGAUUGCCGAGUCUCCCUCAGCUCUUCAGCUUCGCUACCUCCAGACUCUCAACACCAUCGCAGCAGAGAAGAACUCCACCAUCAUCUUCCCCCUGCCCAUGGAUGUCAUUUCCCACUUCAUGAGGAAGUGAGGUCGCCGGCUUGAUGAUGCCUCAGCUUGUUGCUCAUCGUGAAGUUUGAAUCAAACGACUGAUUUGCAUGUAUGUGCAUAAAAAAAAACAAAAAACUGUUGCGAAUGCCAAAGAGUAAUCACAGAAAAUCUUCAUGUUUACUUCAAGGUGUGACUUGACUAAACCUGUUGUUAUUUGUCUAGAACAAUAUUCUGAUAAACGUUUGCAGUAAAUUGUCUGCAAUUCAUUAUACAGUGCAUGAAUGACUGAAUGUUUUGUUAUAUUUCUGUAAAUGAACAAAGCUUUUGCUGCUUUGUAAUUAUUGUGUUUGUAACAUUCUUUAUAGUUUAUAUUCUCAUCGCUUAACAGACAAUGUUAUUUCUCUUUUGAAUUUAUUUGUUAACUACCAAAAGAUUCUUUCAUUUCCAAAAAUAAAAGUAAUAUAA